UGACAGUAGUUAUCAUUUCAGGCUGAGACCCUGGGAGAAUUUAAUAUGUGCGAUGGUCCUUCUUACAUUCGGCAUUUUCGGGAUUGUCACGAACUCCGUAUCCGUCGUGAUGUUCCUACGGGAGAAGAAGUUCAGGACGUCGGUGGAUGCGUUGCUCUUCAACCUUUCAAUAUCGGAUCUUGGGAUGACUGUGGUGUGUUUUCCCUUUGUCAUCUCAGCAAACUUUGCUCAGGAGUGGAUACAUGGCGACGUUGGCUGCACUAUGUACGGGUUUCUUAGCUUUCUCUUCGGCAACGGAUCAAUAUCAACGCUAUCGGCCAUCAGCGUGGAACGAUAUCUUAUAAUAUGCAGGAAGUAUGAAGGAACCAUUUUGCAAAGAAGGUUGUCGCUCGUGAAGAUUUUUGGCAUUAUUUGGUUCCAAGCUUUUAUGUGGGCGAUGCUACCAAUCACUACAGGUGUAGAAUAUGCAUUGGAACCAUUCCAGACAUCGUGCUCGGUGGACUGGCAGGGCAGGUCUCUCAGUGCCAGGAUCUUCAUUUUUGGACUUGUUGUACUGGUGUUGGGCGUCAACACGUUUGUAAUGACCUUCUGCUAUGUCUGCAUCUACUAUACGGCACGGAAGGAACGUUUCCGGCGACGGGCAAUACAAGAUAUCGUGAUCACAAAGGUUCGGUACCUCCCAAUCUGUUGA